UCAUCGAUAAGAUUAGUGUACGUUUAUGAUGACCUCAAGCAUUAGUAUAAGAUGAAACACAAUAAACUUCUGGUCUUCUGUUAAUGUUUGCAUUGAAUUUUACAUCUACUUCACUUUUAGUUUUAAGAAGAGCUUUUCAUGAAAUAUUUCAUGAAACUUAAAAAAAAAAGAUUAUAUCGUCAGUAUUUAAUUGGGAAUUUUGUCCUAAAUAGGACUAAAUUGUUGAAGAAAUUCCAAAAUAGGAGUAGGUGUAUUUUUAUUCCCUAAAUAAGACUUUUGUUCCAAAAUUACCCUCCAUCUAAUUUCUCCACUCAUGCACUGCAGUCAUCCGGGUAAUCAUCUUGCUCUCUCACCCUUUUCCGUCUUUCUUCUAUUUUCUCCACUCUCGCACAGUAGCAAUCCCUAAAUCAUUUUCUUCGCUCACCCCUUCUCCAUUAUGCUCACCAUCUACUCCGACCUUUUCUCAUCUAUUCCCAUCCGCUUAUCUGGUCAUCAUCUCCGGCGUGAAGAGACGAGCUUCCUAGUGCAGAGAGUAGCAGCAAGGGCCAACAAGGAAGUUUCAGCAGUGUCGAUGGCGGCCAGAUCUGCAGCGGCGGAGGCCGGAUCUGCAACGGCGGAAGUCGGAUUUGCAGCAGAAGCGGCCGGAUCUGCAGGAGCAGUUACCGAUGAAUGGCGUCCACCAGAUCUGGCAACAUCUAUGGCGGCGAUGGCCAGAUCUGCAGCGGAGAUGACUAGAUCUGCAAUGCCGACGGUUAGAUCUGCAGCGGCGUCCAAUUCUGCUGCGGCGGCGGCACCGGCCACUAGAGGCGGCGGUGGCCGGCGACGGGCGGCGGUGGCCGGCGACGGGCAGCGGU